AGGAGGAAACAGCCUGUUGGGUGCAUGAGAUCCAGGUGGCACAAGAAUAGACAUAACACUGCCCUGCUGUCAGAGACCUUGAUCCCCGACCCCUCCGCUGCUAUGCCCACCCAGCCCAGGGACGAGGGCGACCCUCCAAGGGAGCACGACAGCUCUCCGAUCACCUGCAGCCCUAUAGAAAGCAAAGUGGUGACUAUAAACCUGUCAAUGCCCGCCGCCGCCACCGUGCCGAGACAGGCUGCUGUGUGCACAGAACAGCCCAGACCACACAGCCUCAGGCCGCGGGUGACUCGGAAGUCCCUCCCUGGGGGAAAUGCCAUCACUGCAGUGGACAGUGAAGGCCAUGUCAUAGACUUGGUGAAGGACCAGCUGCCUGAACUGCAGCUCACUGAGGAGGACAAGAGGAAGAACAUGGAACUUCUGGAGGAGGCCAAGAAAGCCAGCGAACGUUUCCUCACACGUAGAGGGAGGAGGUCCGCCUGCAGCCCCUCAGAGCUGUCCACAGGUGCCGUGUCAGUCACAGGUGUCGGUGCUUCCUCCACCUUCGCUCCCCACUCUUCUUCUGCUGCAUCCAGAAGCAGCUCUCAGGCUUCACACCCUCAAGCUGCUCUCUCAGCACUUUCAGCGGUGGACAUGCCGGAGGCGAACUGCGUCAGUCUUCCUGGCCAUCAGGGCUCCAGGGCAUCGGUGGACCAGAAGCUCAAGGAGAAACCAGGGAAGCCCGCAAUUCCAGCUUCCAUUUCUGAGGGCAGCAUGGAGUCAGGGUUGGGUCGUGACCUACAGGCUGGUGCGCAGCCGGAGAGGAAGGAUCUGCCAACAGGGGCAGGUAGAAAGGACCCCGAGGAGAAGGGCCCUGACAGCAGGACUCCCCCAGACAGCCAGUCGCCCAGUACGAGGCCGUCGUCCCGCGGCUCCGCCCAGCGUGCUCCCUGCACGGCCGUGAUCAAAACCAUCGACGCUUUCCCCCCACUUAUGCGUGCCACCUCCUGGGACCAGACAGGCUCCUCCCCCGAGGAUGAGGAGGCUCUGCCCUUCAUCAGUGAGACAGCGGGAUGCCAGGACUUCCCUCCCUUGAGCACAAAGAUGCAGAAGCUGGCAAAGCUACGGGAGGAGCACAAGCUGCAGCGGAACCAGAGCGUUGUGGGAUCAAAGCUGCCCAAUCUGAGCGAAGCGGCCGAACAGGACGCAGACCUUUGUCCCUUUGUAGAGGAAGACACCCAUGAGAAGUUGGACGCCCUGCCCAACAUCUCCGACAUCAUGCUGCGCAAGCUGAAGCUGCACCGGGCUCAGAUGGGCAGUGCCCCUCCACUCACAGAGAAGGAGGUUGAGAACGCGUUUAUACAGCUCUCCCUGGCAUUCCGCAACGACAGCUACACGCUGGAGACACGGCUGCGACAGGCCGAGCGCGAGAGGGACCUAGCUGAGGAGAACACCGAAGUGGAGUUGCUCGGGUUCCGCAGCACACUGCAGGGCACCGCAGCUCUGUGGCAGAACCAGGAGCACCGCGAGUCCUACCAGCACCUCCUGGAGACUGUGGCAGUGCUGCACCGGCUGGCAACGCGCCUGUCCAGCCGCGCCGAGAUGGUGGGAGCCGUGCGGCAGGAGAGACGCAUGAACAAGGCAACUGAGGUGAUGAUGCAGUACGUAGAGAACUUGAAGAGGACCUACGAGAAAGACCACGCAGAGCUCAUGGAGUUCAAAAAGCUGGCGAAUCAGAACUCGAGUCGAGGCUUCGCCGCCUCCCUAGAGACGGAGGAUGGUGUUCCUCGCUCAUCACGGUCCAUGUCCCUGACCAUGGGAAAGACCCUGCCCCGGCGGAGAGUCAGCGUCGCUGUUGUACCCAAAUUCAACCUGGUCAGCAUUCCGGGGCAGGCAGCGGUCACCACCAGACCCGUGCUUCCUGUUCUGGUCCACCCUGCCCUCCACCCCACUAAUGUCAACUCCACUGCGUGUGAGGCCGGCGGUGUGAAGACACACCCUCCUGUGAUGGAGCAGCCAACACAGGUCAACCCCCCCUGUGGAAAGACCGUGCCUGAACCGGAAGGGAGGGCAGCGGUCACGGCCGAUCUGAACCGUCCCGUCCCACCGGCCGAGCUUUGCCCGGAUACCAAGGCCAAGAUCGAAGAGGAGGCCUACAAGAAGGGGUACCAGGAAGGACUGAGACGCAGCAAAGAGCUACAGGAGUUGAAAGAGCUUAAGGAGGAGGAGGAGGAAGACGAGGAGGAGGAAAAGGAGCAGCAGGAGGAGGAGGAGGAGGAAGAGAAGGCUGAG